AUGAAGUUUGCAGCAUCUCUACUUGCCUGUCUUUCCAUGAGCGCAGCGGCCUUGGCCGCUGAGCAGAAGCCAAACUUUGUGAUCAUCCUCACCGAUGACCAGGACCUUCGUAUGGAAUCGAUGGCAUACAUGCCCUUGGUAAAGAAGCAUCUCACCGACCAUGGGAUGUGGUUCAACCACCAUUAUGCGACAGUUGCAUUGUGCUGCCCAUCGAGGGCAAGCAUGUGGACUGGCAAGGCGGCACACAACACUAACAUUACAGACCUUGCUCCCCCUUACGGUGGAUAUCCUAAAUUCAUUCAUGAGGGAUUCAAUGAGAAGUGGCUACCAGUGUGGAUGCAGGAGGCCGGGUACAAUACAUAUUACACGGGCAAGCUAAUGAACGGGCACACGAUUGAUAAUUACAAACACAAGCUCAAGCAGCUUAGUCUGGACGGUCAUGACUUCAUGAUUGAGCCUGGGACAUAUCAAUACACCAACGCUACAUUCCAGCACAAUCUCGACGAACCCAAGUCUCACCCAGACGAGUACGCCACGGAUCUCCUUGCAGAGAAAUCACUGGCCUGGAUUGAUAAAGCCACUAAGCACAAGCAUGGCAAACCCUUCUUCCUAGCCAUCAACCCGGUCAACCCGCAUAACAAUUUAAACUGGAGCGAAGGCUGGACUCCGCCAGUGCCUGCAAAGAGACACGAGAAUGGUUUCCCAGGGGCUCAAGUACCACGAAAGGCUUCCUUUAAUCCUGAUAAGCCAAGCGGAGCCAGUUGGGUAAGAAGUCUCGACCAACUGAGCGGAACCAAGAUCAAAGAAAAUGAUAACUUCUACCGCCGCCGCCUACAAGCCCUACAAUCCGUCGAUGAGCUUGUUGAGAAAAUUGUCAAGCGUCUGGAGCAUCAUAAAAUACUGGAUAAUACAUACAUCAUAUACACAAGCGACAAUGGCUUCCAUAUCAGCCAGCACCGACUGACUCCCGGAAAACGGUGCCCCUACGAGGAAGACGUCAACGUUCCCCUCAUUAUCCGGGGACCAGGUGUGCCGAAGGGUAAAACAGUUGAUUUUGUCACGUCGCAUUUGGACCUUGCGCCUACUAUCGUGAACUGGGCCGGUGCGAAGGGGCCGGGUGAUUUUGAUGGUGCUUCUAUUCCAAAGAAUGGGCAGCCUGGUACCGAGGAGCCCUGGGAACAUGUUGAGAUUGAGCAUUGGGGGAUGGUCUCGAAUAAGAAACAGUCGAGACUGAAGGAUAAGUUCGAUACUUACAAAGCUGUGCGUGUUAUCGGCCCAAGGUAUAACUUGUAUUACUCUGUAUGGUGUGAGGGCGACCAUGAGGUGUAUGAUAUGACGUUUGACCAAUUCUAUGAGAAGCAGAAAAAGGUUAAGUGGGAGCAGUGUGACCGCGGCUACCGUAUUGACAACGAGAUGCCUAUCGAGUACUUGGCCUUUGGGGAUUAUGUGUCGGUUGAGGGGCGUAAUAUGGAGGCUAUGGCUAAUUGGGAGAUGUUCACUGAUUAG